GUUUUAGACGUGAUUUAUGAAGUUAUUAAGCCUAAGGUGAAACCUAAAGUUGAUGAUAAACUAGAAACUGAUACGGAAAGUUCACCAACUAAUAAACUUACUACAGCAGAUGCUCAACCGACUGAUAAUUCCAGUCCAGAAUUGGAAACUGGCGAUAUUGAUGUUAAUUCCGAAGAGUUUAUCAACGAAGUUAAGGAAAUUUCCCGUGAAAUAAUUCGCGAUGUCGAGAAACGCUCUUUAAUUAUUGUAAAUGAAGCUCACCGUGUUUUGAUAAACACUAAGGAUGUUGACUCUAGUCUUCUUGAAGAUGCCAAAGUUGAAGAGGUUAAUGGUAAUGAAGAUAGAGACAAAGAUAGAGAAGAAACGGGGGUAGAUAAUGAAAUAAAUUUAUUAGAGAAAAAUAUAGUAGUUGUUGAUGAUAAUUUACAAGAUAAAGUUAUUAAAGAUAAUUUAGAAAAAACAAUUUUAGAGGAUAAUGUAGAAGUAAGUAGUGAAAUUGAAGAAAAUCAAUCAGAUGUUAGCAAUCAUGAUGAUAAUUCAAUUACUACUGUUAAAGAAAUCCAAGUUAAUUUAACUGAUAUUAUUAAUGAAGAUAAUAUAUUAGAAGUUAAGAGUAUUAGUGAUGGAAAUAAGGCUAAAAUAAAUAUUAAGGAACCUAACGGAACAACGAAUGCUGAAGAAAGUUCUGUAAGUACCGACCAAGUUAAAUUUCAAGUAGAUAAACUAAAUAUACAUACUCCAGAAAUAAUAGAUCAUGUUAGAAAAAUUUCGACAGAGUUAAUAAACCAAGUUGAAGUUAAGGUGAUUGAUGAGGUCAAGAAAAUAUCUUCGGAGAUUAUUGAUCAAGUUGAAGACAACAUUACUGAUAUGAUCACGGUUGUUGAAGAAAAUUUGUUGGUAGUAAAUAGAGAGAUUGAGGAAAAUUUGUCGAAAAUUAGGAAGCAUUCUAAAGAUCGAUCUGACGUCGAGUUGUCUUUGGGUUGUGAGGAAGAAAAUUUGAAUUUUACGUUAGUUAAGUGUGAAGAAGAUAAAGAAGACAAGUCUGUCCUCGUUGAUAAUAAUAAUAAAGAAGAAGAAAUAGAUGUUGAUUUAGAUGAAAGUAAAGAAGAAACAGGUGGUAGUUGUUCAAUUAAAAAUGAAGAAAUAAUUAGUAUUUCUUCAAUAGAAGGUGAAGAGAAUUUAAAUUUUACUUUGAUAAAAUGUGAAGAAGAUAAUUCCAAGCUGGCUUCAAGUAAAAGUGAGCAAGAUAAUUUGAUAGUUGAGAGUAAUGAAAUAGAAACUGAAGAUAAAUCGAAGAAUGAUAAACAAGAUGAAGAAGCAAAAGGAGUUGAAGGUGGAGGAGGAGACGGAAAUGAAGAAGAUAAUGAAGAAAGUGAUUCAACAAGUACUACUAUUUCUAUCAAAACAAUAGAUGAUAUUAAAACAUGUAAAUUGACACUAGAUAAUAUAGUAAUGGGACCACCGACUGUUUGUUUAUACCAAGCCCCAGGUUACAUCGAACGAACAAUUGCCGAUGGACCUGACGACGAGGGCGAUGACUCUGUUUUCGAGAACUCAAUAACUACGGAACCAGGGGGUUACGAGAACGAGCGAGACGAGCAUCUAGAACAGUUGGUAACCCGUUUAGAGAACGUAACCAAAAGACUCGAGAGCGUGCCAUCGAAAUUUUUUACCGAGACCCAGGAAGUCGCUAUCCAGACUUAUUUUUCAUUGCCAAAGCAAGUCGAGAGCGUCGACGUAUCGACAGGUCACGAGUUUGAGGAGGAAGAUCAAGAAUUUCCUGAUCCACCUGAUUUUGGAGAGGUAGAAGUUGAAGUUGAUCAGAACUCAGAAGUUGAUUACACAGUUAGUAUGUCUGUUGGUGGGUACGAAGAUCUUGUCGCCGGUCCGUUCGCUGAAUAUUUGGCUCUCAGUCAAAAGAUCGGCGGUGAUGUUGCUGCUCACAGCAAACUCGUCAGCGAAGCUUUUCGAAUUCAAAAAGAAUUCAUAAAAACAGCGGCAAGCCGUCCCGCACCAUCAAACCAGUCUGAACAAGUGUCACUUCUAGGCCCUACAUCAUCACAAAUUCAAUUGAUCCAGCAAUUUCGCGAGAAUAAUCGAGGCUCGCAGUACUUUAAUCAUUUGUCAGCAAUCAGCGAGAGUAUUCCAGCUCUGGGAUGGGUCGCUGUUACACCUACACCUGCUCCCUACGUCAAAGAAAUGAAUGAUGCCGGUCAAUUUUAUACCAACCGUGUUUUAAAGGACUGGAAAGAAAAAGAUAAGAAUCACGUUGAGUGGUGCAAAGCAUGGGUACAAACACUCUCUGAAUUACAAAAGUACAUACGUCAGCAUCACACAACUGGUUUAGUCUGGUCUAAAGCAGGUAGUGUAUCAUCAUCAGCAUCAGCAGCAGCAGCAGCAGCACCACCACCACCACCACCUGGUGGUAUGCCACCACCGCCACCUUGUAUGCCUGUCGGUGAUAUUUCAGCCUCUGCUGGUGGUGAUGAUAGAAGUGCACUUUUCGCACAAAUUAAUCAAGGAGAAGAUAUUACAAAGUCAUUGAAAAAAGUAACAUCCGAUAUGCAGACGCAUAAAAAUUCAUCUCUAAGAACUGGUCCCGCACCAUUCAAAGCACCAGUUUAUAAUAAUUCGAGCUCACCGAUGAAGAGUGUGCCACCAGCAAACGCGCCUAUUGACAAACCAUCAGUAUUCAGUCGCGACGGUAAAAAAUGGCUGGUUGAAUACCACAAAGGAAAUAAAGAUCUGGUGAUAGAAAACCCCGAGAUGAACAACGUCGUCUACAUGUACCGCUGCCAAGACAGUACUCUCAUAAUAAAGGGAAAAUUAAACUCAAUUGUCAUGGACUCUUGUCGCAAAUCAUCGAUCGUUUUCGACUCCCUCGUCUCCAGCAUCGAGUUCGUAAACUGUCAGAGCGUCCAGAUGCAGUUAAAAUUACUAAAAAAUACAAAUGAAAAUGAUUUAGAAAACCCAGUAAAUAAUUAA